AUGGACACCAUAAACUUCGAUAUCAACGAUGCCCUCAAACACUACAUGAGCGACCCUGCGACCGUCGCAACGCCCGAAGCAGACUCCAAUCUCGUCGACUGCGAGAACGACCCUGAAGCCCUCACUAACCCCCUCAUAAACACAGUCCUCAACCCGAUCGUCGACUCCGUGGCCGAGAAUCCAGAUGCCAUCACGCGAAGCUUCAACUUCGACUCCCUACAGUUCCUACUCAAGUGUGCCCCCAUUUCUCUUCCCUCAUCCCAGAACUAUAUAUCAGAACCGGACUCUGAACUCUUCAAACUCUCUAGAUCCGCUUCGGUUCUCCCCACACAUGCCCUCUCCAAGAUCCUCGACCUCAUCGUGUCUGGCCUGUCCACAGAGGCGGACGUCAUUCACAAUGAUCUCGAGUCGGACGAGCAGGAGCUGAUCUCGCACCACAAACAGCUGCUGGAAGCCUUUGGCUUUUUGUUGCAGUGGACGAUCGCGGCAGUCGAGACCAAGGCCGCAGAGAAAUCUAGCUCGGCGCCGGCUGCCAGAAGCAGAGGGAAGGGUGCUAAAGCCAAGACGGCUGGGAAGGAUAAGGAUGGCAACUGGGAUUCUAGUGCGCAAUUGCAGACUGCUCUGGACACUAUGUGCAAGGUCCUGAAGUUGAAGCUAUCCAAGAUUUUCUUGACAACUUCUGAGCGGGAUACCUUUGUCAGUUUAUUUACGAGGCCUGUGUACAUGGUCCUGGAGAGCGAGCAGAGAGUCAAGAAUACUGCGAUCCGGAUGCACGCUUUCAAGGUUUUGUGUAUAGCUGUCAAACACCACGGGCAUGGCUACGCUGCGCAAAUAUCUAUUGUCCAGAACUUGACAUACUUCGAGCAUCUUGCGGAGCCUAUGGCGGAGUUCCUCCACAUACUCUCAGAGCAAUACGAUUACCCGCAACUUGCUGACGAGAUUCUCCGGGAGCUAAGUAACAAGGAAUUCAACAGCAAUGAUACCAGAGGUCCCAAGUCAGUCUCGGCGUUCAUCGUCAAGCUCUCGGAGCUGGCUCCCAGACUAGUCAUCAAGCAAAUGACAAUGUUGGCGAAGCAACUGGAUAGCGAGUCCUAUGCCCUCCGAUGUGCUCUUAUCGAGGUUUGUGGGAACCUGGUAGCUGAUCUCAGCAAGCAAGAAGAGCGUAGCGAUAACUACAAAUCACAACUGAAUGCCUUCUUUGACGUGUUGGAGGAGAGAUUCUUGGACAUCAACCCGUACUGUCGAUGCAGAACGAUUCAAGUAUACAUCAAGCUUUGCGAUCUCGACCAGAAGUUCCCAAAGAGAAGACAGAAGGCUGCAGAGCUGGCCGCGAGAAGCUUGGAGGACAAGAGUAGUAAUGUUCGUCGAAAUGCGGUAAAGCUACUCGGAACGCUCAUCAAAACCCACCCUUUUAGCAUUAUGCACGGAUCCCAAUUAUCGCUAAAAGAGUGGAAUGCUCGACUGGAUGCUGUAGAUGCUGAGUUGAAUGCAUUGAAGCCUCCGGCAGAGACACCGGGACUUGUCGACGGUACCAAGGCCAACGAGACAAUCGAUACUGCCUUGCUUGAUGAUGCUACUGUUCUUCCCUCGGAUUCGCCUCAAAAGCCAAUGAGUGACGAACAGAAGAUGGCAGCUAUGAAGAAAGCUCAAGAGGAUGCUGCUACUUCAGAGGCGAUCAAUAAGCUUACCUUGACCAGACGAUACUAUGUCGAGGCACUGAAGUUUAUCGAGGUCUUGCACGGAGCGACUACCAUCAUCUGCCAACUUCUAGGGUCCAAGAACAAGAGUGAAGUUAUCGAGGCUAUGGAGUACUUCGAGAUUGGCGAUGCUUACAACAUCGAGCAAAACAAGUUGGGUAUUCGCCGUAUGCUGAGACUGAUCUGGACCAAGGGUAACAGCGACGAAGGAAAGGGUGUCCAGAAUCAUCUUAUCGAGUGCUACAAGCGCCUCUUUUUUGAAGCUCCUGACUCUUAUAGCGCUAACGACGCGGCUAACUACAUUGCUCGGAACAUGAUCAGUUUGACAUUUGGUGCGACUCCAGCAGAGCUGACUUCGCUGGAGCAGCUUCUGAGCACCAUGAUGAAGGCCAACCAUGUCUCGGAGCUUGUUGUACAGAAGCUGUGGCAAGUGUACGGUGUGCAGAAGCGAGAGAUCUCGAAAAGUCAAAGACGAGGUGCCAUCAUUGUUCUUGGGAUGUUGGCAACCGCCAAACCCGAGAUUGUGGUCGGGGAGAUGGAGUCUAUGCUACGAAUAGGUCUGGGAAGCCUGGGCCGAUCAGAUCUUCAACUAGCAAAGUAUACCUGCAUAGCACUCCGACGUAUCAACCCAUCUGGUCGACAAGCGAAAGAGAUCGCGGUACAGCCUUCGAAGCUCACCAAUGAUCAUGCUGUCCUCCUGAAGCUUGGAGCCAUCGUUGAAAUCGAAUCCGAUCAAAAGGAAUGGUAUGGUGUUGCUGAACAAGCCAUCAAUGCUAUCUACACUUUGUCGAGACAUCCGGACACACUAUGUUCCGAGAUCUUGCGAAGGAAGACGAAGUAUGUCUUCCAGAAACGUACUGAGAAGACUCCAGAGCCGGAGGAACCGCAACGCGAGGAUACGCAAAUGUUGUCACCACCACCAGAAGCGCCUGCAGAGCCAGAGCCCAAACUCAAGGGGUCCAUCGCUCUCUCACAGCUACUCUUCAUCGUAGGCCAUGUUGCUAUCAAGCAAAUUGUUCAUCUGGAACUCUGCGAACUCGACUUCAAGCGCCGGAAGGCAGAGGCCGAGAAGAACAAACCAGCAUCCGAUGCUCCAAUCGACAAAGCUGCAAAGGAAGCUGCUGAUGAUCUCGACGCGAUUGGCGGUACAACAGAGGAUGAUUUCACAGAGGCUAUGUCUCACAUCCGUGAGCGUGAGCUGCUAUACGGUGAGAACUCGCUUCUUGCCAACUUUGGCCCUCUCGUCUCUGAGAUAUGCUCGAACAACACUACGUACCGAGACCGCAACCUUCAAGCGGCAGCUACUCUCUGCUUGGCAAAGCUCAUGUGCGUCAGCUCCGAAUAUUGCGAGAACAACCUGCCUCUUCUCAUCACCAUCCUCGAGCGCUCCAAGGACCCCAUCACACGCUCCAACGUCGUCAUCGCCCUAGGCGACAUGGCCGUCUGCUUCAACCACCUCAUCGACGAAAAUACCGACUUCCUCUACCGCCGCCUGAAUGAUAAAGACGCCAGCGUCAAACGCACCUGUCUCAUGACCCUUACGUUCCUCAUAUUGGCAGGUCAGGUCAAAGUUAAAGGUCAACUGGGCGAGAUGGCUAAAUGCCUUGAGGACGACGACAAGAGAAUUGCGGAUCUCAGUCGUAUGUUCUUUACGGAGUUGAGCACGAAGGAUAAUGCGGUGUACAAUCACUUUGUGGAUAUGUUUAGUCUGUUGAGUGCGGAGAAGGAGUUAGGGGAGGACUCGCUCAAAAGGAUUAUCAAGUUCUUGGCCGGGUUCAUUGAAAAGGACAAACACGCGAAGCAACUCGCAGAUAAACUCGCCGCCCGACUCGCCCGCUGUGAGACCGAGCGUCAAUGGAACGAUGUUGCGUACGCUUUGAGCUUGCUGCAACACAAGAACGAGGACAUCACCAAGCUAGUCAGCAGUGGCUUUAGGGUUGUGCAGGGGAGUGCUUGA